AUGAUAUCAGGAUAUGAUCUGAGAAAACUACCACCGGAUUUGAGGCCUAUUACGGACCUGAUCGGGCUUUGGCAGCUGGAGACAAAAUCCGGUCCAACGCGUGAAUACAGUCCUCCUGAUCUAAUUGAUAUUGCCAUCAAUCCAAUACCAAAAUUUGGUGCUCGUGCUGCCAACAUUACGCAUACUUAUUUUGAUUCUCAGAAGAAUAUUAUACGAUCAGAUUAUGGUUUUAUGCCAGUAAAAAAUGCAACAAAACGGGAUCCUCGCAUACAUAUCGCAUAUUUAACCACUAGUAGUGAAGGUAUCUAUUGCUGCAGAAUCUCAUGGAAGAUAAAUCAAAAAGCGAAAAUUUUCAAUCAUACAAAUCAGACUAAGCUUACUUCAGCUAUUUAA